AUGGCCGAUGAGGAGCUGAAGAAGGCUUUCCAAGACUUGCAAUUCAAAACGAAUGAAACUAAAAACUUAAUAGCUCAAGGAGAAAUUACGAAGAAAGUGAAUGCGCAGAAGCAGCGAAUGUCGGAGUUGUCCGCGGCGAGCAUCACUGAAGUGCCUGAUUCUCUGAUUCUCAUACUGUCUAUAUCGCGCCCGUCGAGUGUUGUCGGAUGUUUCUAA